ACCCAAGUACUGACCAUGUUGUGUGUAUGACUGUUCAGGAUGUCGCAGGUGGAGUUGAGCGAGGGCAACGUAGAGGUGCCAGGCUGCACAUCGCCACUCUUCUACAGACAGAGUCGACCUUCCUCGGGAGAUGUCAAGAUGACAAUUUUGCUUCUUCACGGUCGUCGCUUCUCCUCGGAAAACUGGCUCAACAUCGGUACUCUUCACACGCUGGCUGAUGCCGGCUGCCGAGCAGUUGCCAUCGACCUUCCAGGACUGGGCCGCUCUAGCUCAGCCAAGGCGCCAGCAGCCAUGGGUGAGCUGGCCCCCGCUGCGUUCCUGACGGACAUAUGCGAGCGACUGGAGCUGAGCCCCGUGGUGCUGAUCAGCCCAUCACUCAGCGGCAUGUAUUCGCUCCCCUUCCUGCUGCAACACCAGCACCUUCUGCGGGCCUACAUUCCCAUAGCGCCCAUCUGCACCGAAAAGAUCAGCGCACAACAGUACCGUAACGUCAAGGUGCCGUCACUGAUCGUCUGUGGCGAUGGGGACACUGAGUUGGGGAAGGUGUCACUUAGCAACCUGAGUCAGCUGGCGAAUCACAGCGUGGAGGUGAUGAAAGGGGCGGGGCACGCCUGUUACCUAGACAAUCCGGACAUGUGGCACCGGCUACUCACGGACUUCCUCGCUAAAAUCUGAGACAUCCUCAUGAGGACUGGCAGAGGUGAUGUUGGUCGAAAUGGAGGUCAGAGAAGGUUCUGUGUGUUUUUUUUGGUAAUAAAUAACACUACACACAUCACUCGCUAAUAAUAAUUGAAAUGUCACAGCUCUGUUAUGAGAGCGUGAGCCUUUGUGUAGCGAGUACAAGCAUGUCUUUUUUUUAAAUCCCUCUCGUAAGCCAUUUCUGCUGUGUUUUUGGCUAGAAAAAUAAGACCACAUGAAAGUCUAUCUCAUUUUGGCAAGUAGAUAUAGUAGUGCAUAAGCUAAACAAUUAAACUUUGUCCCCCCAUUUUGUUUUUGUUUUGUUUUUUUUGGGGUGAACAAAAAUGAAAAUAAAAAGUUUGGAAUUCUCUUGA